AUAUUUACCUAAUUUUAAUACAUUUUUAAUAAUUGAUUGAAAUCUUAUAAUAUUAUAAACAAAUUUUAAUUUAAUUUUAUCAUAAAAAUAUUUAUUGUUAUUUAUUUAAAAUUGUGAAAUGGUGUUAUCAUAUAAUUUAAUAAUAUGAAAAUGUUGUUUUUGUAAAUAAUCCAAUAAAACUCGUUUUUUCCACUUAAUAAUUUUUUUUGUAUUUUUGUCAGUAAAAACGCAAGUUUGUGUUUUGGCAUAUUUUUUUUCAUUCCGAAACAUUUUUUGAUUGGCAAAAUACUUGUGUAAUCGCGUUUAAAAUGCGAUUCUGCUACUCCGCAUGUUACCAAUCAAAACCUAGUUCAUUGAAUUAUUGUUAUAUAUGAGUAUCGAUUUGGUUUCCUGUAUAACCUAAUAGCUGAUUGGUGGUAUCCGAAUGACAUGAAAAUAUGCUAUUUGUUAUAUUUUUGGGUAUUGGUUUAGUUCAGAUAUUAUAAAUAUAUUAUUUGGUAUUUUAUGUAUAUUUUAUUUAAAAAUAGGUUUUUGGAUUUUUUUUUUGGAUUUUCAAUAUAUUUUAGUUUUAAAUACAUUUUAGAGUUGUAAAUAUAUUUAAAUUUUCAUAUACAUUUUGGAUCGCGUGAUAAAUAAAAAUAUAGUCCUCUUUGAAUAAGAUCCAAACAUUUGAUUUUCGUACCUAGUCGUGGUUGAAAAGUCGUAGAUAAGAUCCAUGGUUAUCGUCCUUAGUUCUCGUAUUAGACUCUUUAAUCCUAGGCAUUAGCUCCACAAUUAGUUUGAUUAGUACUGACCAAAGUGUAACUUCUCUCGUUUUAUUAAAAGAAGCCCCUUCCAAAGGGAUCCUCACACUAUUACGAGACCGAGAGAUGGCGAAUGAAAUACCUACCAAAGGGAUCCUCAAGACAGAAGCUCUGAAACAUUACAUCUUGGAAACGUCAGCGUAUCCAAGAGAGCAUGAACUGCUUAAGGAACUUCGUAAAGCUACAGUCCAGAAAUAUGGCAAUUUAAGCGAGAUGGAAGUUCCGGUUGAUGAGGGUCUUCUUCUAUCGAUGCUUUUAAAGAUCACGAAUGCUAAGAACACUCUCGAGCUCGGUGUUUUCACCGGUUACUCUCUUCUCUCCACGGCCCUUGCGUUACCUGAUGAUGGCCGCAUUACUGCAAUAGAUAUUGAUAAAGAAGCCUAUGAAGUGGGACUAGAGUUUAUCAAGAAGGCAGGUGUUGAUCACAAGAUCAAUUUCAUACACUCCGAUGGUAUUAAGGCCUUAGACCAAUUGGUGAAAGACAAAAAGGAGUUUGAUUUCGCAUUUGCGGAUGCUGACAAGUCGAACUACGUCAACUUCCAUGAGAGGCUUUUGAAACUGGUGAAGGUUGGAGGAAUCAUUGCGUUUGACAACACCUUGUGGUUUGGUUUUGUGGCUGAGGACGAAGAGGGAGUUCCUGAGCAUAUGAGGGAAUAUAGAAAGGCUCUUAUAGAAUUCAAUAAGAAAUUGGCUUUGGAUACUCGAAUUGAGGUCUCUCAGAUUUCCAUUGGAGAUGGUGUCACGCUCUGCAGGCGCCUUGUAUGAUCAAAUUAGACCAAAGCGUGGGAAUUUGGAAUAAAACUGUUAGAUCCUUCAAUAAUCACAUUUGGUCGUUUUUUUUGUUGUUACCAAGUUUGCAUGGAAUAGUGUUUCUGAUUGAUGAUCAUUCUAUACAUUUUUACCCAUACUAACCUAUUAUAUAUAAUAGUACAAUUAUGAGUCUGAAAUU